AUGGACGCCGAGAAGAUCGCCGCUCGGGCUGUGAUCAAGAUCGACGACGGAGGUAAUGAUACUUCUGAUCCUUCUGUAGAUUUUAGGGAAGUAGGGGUAGAUAAUGAUCAAUCUUCUUUCGACAAGGCAUUGCCGGAGACUCCUAACUUUGAUUCCGUUGGUAACACCAAUUUCCUUCGGAGUUCUUCCGACGGGGUGUCUAGUCGUGAUGACGGGGAUCGGAAAGUUCGGGAAGCGCACUCUGGUGGAGGUCAGAGUGGAGAUAGAGGCAAAGCGCUCAUGGUGGGGGAGGACAAUAGUAGUUUCGCCGAUGAAAUGGCGACAAAUAGUUCACUCGCCCUGUGA